AUGCCUGAAGGAGAUGUAAGCAUGUAUGCAUCAGAAGUAAACAAACUAGAAAUAUCCAGUAUAUACGGGCAAAGGGAAUGUACAACAAAGAACCAAGCCCUGAAUUCAUUUACAAAUUACAUCACUAAGGUAAACCACAACAAUGAUGAAAAUAAUAAUGUAAAUAAUAUACCUGUUCUCGUCGGACAAAAUUCAUUAGUGUUCGAUGUUCCGAUUCUAUUGCGUACAUCCACUCCAAAAUUCAUCCAAACACUAAAGGAACUUAACGUCCACUUUGGAGACAGCUUAGUUCUUGCAAAGCAACUCUUGAAAGCACAACAUCCUGAACUUCGUGUGGAUUCAUCUGGGAAAUGUUGUCAAGUUUCAUUGGAGUCUCUGUAUUCAACCUUUUUUGAUGAAUCAUUUCCAGCACAUGAUGCUAGAGAAGAUGUUAAAGCUCCACAAAGGGUACUCUUCCAGUCCAAGUUAAAGUUGACUAAAGAAAUGUUAAUUUCAAAAUCGAAUGUCAUUUUGUGUGAAAAUGCAUUGGAGCAACUCCAGUAUAAUGAUGCCUGUAACGUUCGACUUCAAACUUUCUCCGGUAAUUUGUACAAUCCAUCUAAGAAUAUAAAAGGCAUAAUCACAAAAUCCAUGACCAAGAAGAUAGCAGAAAGCG